GCAGGGCUAUCGUGACCGCCGCCUUUUCGCCGGGCCGCGCCGCCGAUCGGGGCUCCCGCCUGGCCUUCCCGGGGCAAGGGACCACCGCCGCCGAGGAGGAUGUCGGCGAAGGGGGGGAGCAUAACUGCCGCGGAAGGCGAGAAGCCACGCAAGUCGUCCAAGUCGCGUGACAGUGGCAGCAAGGAAAGCCGCAGGAAAUCUUCGGAGACGGAAAAGUCGGGCAGCCACGACAAGAGCGAAGAAAAGAGCUCCAAGGGCAAGGACAGCAAGCACAAGGACAGCAAGCACAAGGACAGCAAGCACAAGGACAGCAAAAGCAAGGAUAGCAAAAUCAAGGACAGUAAAAGUAAGGAUAGUAAGGACAAGGGGAGCAAGACUCCCGACAAAUCUGGCGAGAAGAGCCACGAGAAGUCGGGGAGCAGUAAGAGCAAGAUCAGCAAGACUAGCAAGGCGAGUGACAAGACUGCUGACAAGUCUGGCGAGAAAAGCCAUGAGAAGUCGGGGAGCAAGACCGACAAGUCGGGAGAGCGAAGCCAUGAAAAAUCCGGUAGCAAGAUAGAGAGGAGCAAAAGUGGUGAGCACAGUCACGAAAAGUCCGGAAGCAAGACUGAUAAGAGCGCAAGCAAGACUGAGAAAAGCGGAAGCAAGAGCGAUAGCAAGAGUGGAAGCAGAAGUGGGGAAAGGAGCCACGAGAAAUCCGGAAGCAAGACGGAGAAAAGCAAAAGCGGCGAUCAGAGUCACGAGAAGUCCGGAAGUAAGACCGAGAAGAGCAAAAGCGGCGACCACAGUCACGAGAAGUCCGGAAGUAAGACCGACAAGAGCAAAAGCGGCGACCACAGUCAUGAGAAAUCCGGGAGUAAGAUGGAGAAGAGCGGAACCAAGAGCGGAGAAAAAAGCGGCAGCAAGUCAGUAAGCAAGAGUGAUGAAAAAACUGGUGAGAAGACCAGCAAGAGCAAAAGCACGAGCCAGGAGAAAAGCAAGGAGAGCCAAAAGAGCAAAGGCAGCAUGAAGGAAGGGGACAAGUCCCAAGAGAAGUCCCAGGAGAAGUCGCAGAAGUCACAGGACAGGAGCGGCGACAAAAGUCACAAAAGCGGCGGCACCCCGAAGGAAGGCAGCGGCGGCAGCCAACGCGAAGGAAGCCAGCAACAGCAGGGCGACGGCCGAGACCAGGUGAUGGGUGUCGACAGGGGCCUGGAAGGCAUCAACCAGCUUCCAGAGAUGCAUGCGCUGCGACUGAUGUAUGAGAACGCGCUGCUCACCGUGCGCAACAGGCAGCUGCAGUGGCUCAACUCCGAGCUCAAGCAAGAGCACCUGAUCACGCUGCAGCGGGUGGGCCAACUGCGGAAGCGACGCGGCGUGUACACGGGGCCGUCGGCCAUCAUGGUCGACCGAGCCGUGUCUGCGAUGUUGCUUGCCGGCGAGGCCGGUGCAGGCCUUGGCGGCACCGCUGCGACCGGCGAGUCAUCGGGCGCGGCGCGCUUCGACGACUCGCGCUAUGCCAACUUGCCGUCAGUCGUGGUCAACAUCGAGGACAAAGGGAUCUCGGCGCAGGAUGACAGCUUGUACGCCUUCGGACGGAUGGCGAAAAGCACGAGGAAGUGCAAACACAUGGCCGGCCCGCACGACGACAUCAAUUGGGAGGACCUGCAGGCACGUCUCCUGCCGGCAUUCUACACGUUCUGAUCGGCUCGACCAUCCGCCUCCCCGCGGGUGACGCCUAUAUGCCCCGAUACCGGAAGGUCGUCGUAGUGCGAUAAUUUAAGCAUAACGAGGCGGCCCGGCUUCAUGAACGCACGGUCAAGGACCCUUGUGUGGUGUACUUAGGCACGAGUCAUCGGCAAAUCUUGCGUGCUGCAGAAGUUAGCCCCUGGCCACGGUUGCUUCCUCAGCUACCCUCCAAUUUUCUGAGCUCGGUGUUGUGCGAGAAGCUGCAUAAUAUAAUAUUAUGGCCACGCAUAUUAUUUACGUAUUGGUCAAUUGUUCGCCUAAAUUCGAUCAGAACCAUAGCGUGCAUAUUUUCCGCAGAUUUUAACGCUAAAGCUUUGAGGAAAGCUGUGCUCUGCAGUACAAGCUGUACAAGCUGCAGCUAUUGUAAGUCUGGAAGCUGUUGUUAACGUCAGAGAAUCCGAUAUGCAAUAUUUAAUGUAAUUCUUAUCACAGAGGAUAAUAGCUGUUUCAGUUCAGAAGCAGCGCUAGUAAUAUAUCCGGGAAAUUGUUCAAAGCGCUAAUGCAAGAAGUUUGCUUGAAAAAAGAAAUUGACCCCUGUUACCCAUCGUAUACAUGAGUGAACAAUUUAUACGAUGAUUUAGAAUAUCUGAAUGACGAACUUUUCAGAGUCCCUGCAUUAAAAUAUGUUGA